AUGGAAGACAAAGACGACAGUCAUUCAAAGGACAUGCCAUUGAUGGAUAAUCAAAAAAAGAGAGAAGUAACAGUGACUGAGGAAGAAGGAACUGGAGCAGGAUGGUCUGACAAAUCCCAAAAGGAAAAAGGGAAAGGACUAUCCUAUAAUAUCCUACUUCUGGGAAUUUAUUGUAGUUAUAACUUGGAACUGGCAAGGUUUAGGGCAAAAAAAAAUACUCAAAAGUACCUUCUAGAUAUCCGGAAUAAGGAAAAUCCAGACAUUAUUUGCUUGCUAGAAACUAAACAACAAAAUAGAAAAAUGCAUAGUAUUCUAAAAUCUGUGAAUGUCCAUAACUAUUGGUUGGUCCCUCCUAGAGGCCAAGCAGGGGGGAUGGCCCUGAUUUGGAAACAUAAUCUUACUAUUACCAUAGAUAGCUCAACACAUAACCAGAUUAAUGCUAUAGCCAAAGAAAACUGUUCCAACAGUUUAUACAUGGUUUCAGCUUUCUAUAGCAGCCCAUACCCUACUAAUAAACAACAGUCUUGGGAUAUGCUUGUUAGUAUAGCUGAAACCAUAACCAUUCAUUGGCUUGUGAUGGGGGACCUAAAUGUUGUCCUCAGUCGAGAGGAAAAAAAGGGAAGUAACUUAUUUGAUGAAGGAGAAGCCACUAUAUUUAGAAAUAAAAUCUCUGAUAUGAAUUUACAAGAUUUGGGGUUUAAAGGUUAUCCUUACACAUGGAGCAACCAUAGAACUGAUAACUCAAGAGUGGAAAAGAGACUUGAUAGAGCCAUGAGCAAUGAAAAAUGGAUUGAACUUUUCCCAAAAUCCACAAUCCAUCAUCUCAUUGCAAGGGGAUCUGAUCAUAGUCCUAUUAUCAUUAAAACUAACCCAAUUUGGAAGGAUGGUGCUUAUCCUUUCAAGACAAGAUACAGCAGGAAUAGAAUUGAGUCUAUCAAAAAUCCAAAUGGCACCUGGUUGGAGAAAAUAAGUGAAAUCUCAAACUGUCUAACUGACCAUUUCAAGAGCAUCUCCAAUAACAACUCUCCUGUCCUAAAUAGGGAUUUGAUAAAUCUAAUACCAUCUUCUAUUACUGAUAGAGAAAAUGAGCUCCUCCUUGAAACACCUAAGGAUGCUGAAAUAAAAGAUACUCUGUUUGCCAUGGAAGGAAAUAAAUCUCUUGGUUCCAAUGGUUUGCCCCCAAAUUUCUUUCAAGAUAAUUGGGAAACCAUAGGAGAGGAUCUGAUAAAACUAGUUCACAAUUUCUUUGAUACUGGAUAUAUGCUAAAGGAAAUGAAUACCACUUUUAUAUCCCUCAUUCCUAAGGUCCAACUACCCUCUACGCCAGGGGACUUUAGACCAAUAUCUCUUUGUAACACAACUUACAAACUCAUUUCCAAACGAAUGAAACCUUUGCUGUGUAAGAUCAUCUCUCCCUACCAAUCUGCCUUAAUUCUAGGGAGGCAGAUAACUGACAACACUAUGGUUUCUCAUGAGAUUAUUCAUAAUAUGAGAACCAGAAGAGAUCUACAGGAAUGGAUGGGCAUUAAGAUAGAUAUGUCAAAAGCUUUUGACAGAGUUGAAUAG